AUGACGGAGGCGGUAGCGCGGUCGGUGCGGGGAGCGUGUGAGGCGGCGGAGCAGCACACGGUGUCGCUGCAGGCUGAGAAACGGCGGCGAGCGGCGAGGCGGCUCCGCCCCGGUGCGGCGGAGAGCCCGGCUGUGAGCGCGGGGGGCGGCGCGGGGUCCCCGGGCAGGAGAGGCGGUGCGUGCGUGCGGGCGGCGGCGGGGAGCCGUGCGGGGCCCGUGCGGGCGGCGGCGGCGAUGGGCGUGUGUUGUGUGGUGUCGGCGGCGGUGCGGGUGCUGGUGGUGCAGGCGGUGUGGGCGGUGGUGGUGGGGCAGGUGCGGUACUCGGUGCCGGAGGAAGCCAAGGCCGGGACGGUGGUGGGGCGGCUGGCGCAGGACGUGGGCCUGGAGGCGGGCGAGGCGGAGGCGCGGCGGCUGCGGCUGGUGGCGCAGGGCCGGCGGGCGAGCGUGGAGGUGAGCGGGGCGAGCGGGGCGCUGGUGGUGAGCUCGCGGCUGGACCGGGAGGAGCUGUGCGGGAAGAGCGCGCCGUGCGCCCUGCGGCUGGAGGUGCUGGUGGAGCGGCCGCUGCGCGUCUUCCACGUGGAGCUGGAGGUCACCGACAUCAACGACAACGCCCCGCUCUUCCCCGCCGCCCGAAAAAACCUGAGUAUAUCGGAGAACUCCCCUGCCGGGUCUCGGUUCCCGCUGGAGGGCGCGUCGGACGCGGAUAUCGGCUCUAACGCGCAGCUCUCCUACACACUCAGCCCCAGCGAGCACUUCGCUCUGGAUUUACAAAAAAGCGAGGAGGACGGCGAGUCCAUUUUUCUGGUUCUCAGGAAACCUCUGGACCGCGAGACGCUGCCCGUGCACCGUGUGGUGGUGACGGCGAGUGACGGGGGCCGGCCGUCUCUGUCGGGCACGAUGGAGCUGGUGAUCUCGGUGCUGGAUGCAAAUGACAACGCGCCCCAGUUCAACCAGUCGGUGUAUAAAGUGCAGCUGCCAGAAAACGCGGAGCGCGGAACUUUAGUGAUCAGAGUAAAUGCCACGGAUUUGGACGAGGGGACGAACAGGAAUAUCUCUUAUUCGUUGCAGCAGUUGUUCCCUCAGGAUGGAAGAAACGUGUUCGGGAUCGACCGAAAGAGCGGAGAGAUCCGUCUGAGGGGUGACUUGGACUUUGAGGAUGUUGGUCUCUAUCGCCUGCAAGUGGAUGCAGCGGAUCAGGGAAACCCUCCGUUGUGGGGUCACUGCAAGGUGGUGUUGGAGGUGCUGGACGUGAACGACAACGCGCCCGAGGUGCGGGUGACGUCGCUGUCGGUGCCGGUGUCCGAGGACGCGUCGGUGGGGACGGUGGUGGCCGUGCUGAGCGUGUGGGACCGGGACUCGGGGGCGAACGGGCUUGUGUCGUGCGCGGUGUGGCCGGCGUCGCCGUUCGGUCUGGUGGCGACGUUCGCGGGGUCGUACUCGCUGGUGCUGCGGGAGGCGCUGGACCGGGAGCGGGUGUCGGAGUACGAGGUGGAGGUGCGUGCGGAGGACGGCGGGGCGCCGGCGCUGGUUGGCAGGCUGGGGCUGCGGGUGCCGGUGUCGGACGUGAACGACAACGCGCCGGCGUUCGCGCAGGCGGUGUACACGGUGCUGGCGCGGGAGAACAACGCGGCGGGCGCGGAGCUGGCGCGGCUGUGGGCGCGGGACCCGGACGAGGCGGGCAACGGGCGCGUGAGCUACUCGGUGUGGGAGGGCUCGGGCGGGGGGUGGCGGUCGGCGUCGAGCUACGUGUCGGUGGACGCGGAGAGCGGGCGCCUGUGGGCGCUGCAGGCGCUGGACUACGAGGAGGUGCAGGUGCUGGAGUUCGAGGUGCGGGCGGUGGACGCGGGGGAGCCGCCGCUGUGCGGCAACGCGACGGUGCAGCUGUUCGUGGUGGACGAGAACGACAACGCGCCGGCGCUGCUGCCGGCCGCGGGCGGCGGCGCGUGGGGCGAGGCGGCGUGGGAGGGCGCGUCGGGGCCGGUGCCGGUGGCGGGGGCGUUGUUGUGGGCGUGGGCGGCGUGGGGGGCGCCGGCGGGGCAGGUGGUGGCGAAGAUCCGCGCGGUGGACGCGGACUCGGGCUACAACGCGUGGCUGCGGUACGAGCUGUGGGAGCCGCGGGGGAAGGGCCCGUUCCGCGUGGGGCUGUACAGCGGCGAGGUGAGCACGGCGCGGGCGCUGGAGGAGGCGGACGGCCCGCGGCAGAGGCUGGUGAUCGUGGUGCGGGACCACGGGGAGCCGGCGCGCUCGGCCACGGCCACGCUGAGCGUGUCGCUGGUGGAGGGCGCCGAGGCGGCGGCGGCGGGGUCGUCGCUGUCGUCGGGGUUGGGGUCGGGGCGGGGUCCGUUGUCGGUGGCGGAGGGCGGCGCGGCUUUGUCGUGGUCGUCGGUGACGAACGUGUGGCUGGUGGUGGCCAUCUGCGCGGUGUCGAGCGUGUUGGUGCUGGCGGUGGUGCUGUACGGGGCGUCGCGGUGUGCGCCGCGGGCGGGCGUGGUGUCGGGGCCCGGUGCGGCGACGCUGGUGUGCGCCAGCGAAGUGGGGAGCUGGUCGUACUCGCAGCGCCAGAGCCGGAGCCUGUGCGUGGCGGAGGGCGCGGGCAAGAGCGACCUGAUGGUUUUCAGCCCCAACUUCCCGCCGCCGCCGCCGCCCGGCCCCGCGGCGAAGGAGACGCAGCCGGAGGCGCCCGCUCUGCUGGACACGCAUGAAAUCAGUGCCAUUGCCCUUUAA